CUGCGUGGCUUUGGCUUCGGCAUCUUCUGCGCCUGCGCCUCAGCUUGGGAGUUUGCCUCCGCUCCCUAGCGAGGAUGCCUCAAGAUGGCGGAGGCGGCCGAGCUGAAGCACAUGGUCAUGAGCUUUAGGGUCUCGGAGCUGCAGGUGCUGCUGGGUUUUGCCGGUCGCAACAAGAGCGGGCGCAAGCAUGAGCUGCUGACCAAAGCCCUGCAGCUGCUGAAGUCCGGCUGCAGCCCGGCCGUCCAGAUGAAGAUCAAGGAGCUCUACCGCCGCCGCUUCCCCCGCAAGAUCCUCUCCCCCUCGGACCUCUCCAUGCUCCACCUCCAGGCCGCCGCCGCCACUGCCUCCUCCUCCUCCUCCUCCGCGGGGCAGAUCCCCUCGGCCGCUGCGCUCACCCAGGGCGCCAUGUGCCACCUCUCCUACGACGGGGGCCCCUCCGCGGGGGCCUCCUCGGGGGCCUUGCCGCCCGGCCUGCUGCCCCCGGUGCCCCUCCUGGGCCCCAAGCGUGAGGGGGACGGGGCCCCCCACCUUCCACCCCCCGUCCACCCUGUCCACCCCGACGUCAAGAUGCGCCGGCUGCCCUUCUACGACGUCUACGACGAGCUCAUCAAGCCCACCACCCUGGCGUCGGUGAACAGCCAGCGCUUCGAGGAGGCCCACUUCACCUUCGCCUUGACCCCUCAACAGGUACAGCAGAUCCUCACCUCUCGCGACAUCUUACCUGGCGCCAAAUGCGACUACACCGUGCAGGUACAAUUGAGGUUUUGUUUGUGCGAAACCAGCUGCCCGCAAGAGGACUACUACCCUCCCAAUUUGUUUGUCAAAAUCAAUGGGAAGCUCUGCCCUCUCCCAGGCUACCUCCCUCCCACCAAGAACGGGGCGGAGCCCAAGCGCCCUAGCCGGCCCAUCAACAUCACCCCGCAGGUCCGGCUUUCGGCCACCGUGCCCAAUACCAUCGUGGUCAACUGGUCCUCCGAAUUCGGCAGGAAUUACUCCAUCUCGGUUUACUUGGUGAAGCAGCUGACGUCGGUGACGCUGCUGCAGAAGCUGCGGGCCAAAGGCAUCCGGAACCCAGACCACUCGCGAGCCCUGAUCAAAGAGAAACUGACGGCCGAUCCGGACAGUGAGAUCGCGACCACCAGCUUGCGGGUGUCCCUCAUGUGCCCGCUGGGCAAGAUGCGCCUGAUCGUCCCCUGCCGGGCCUUCACCUGCACCCACCUGCAGUGCUUCGACGCGGCCCUUUACCUGCAGAUGAACGAGAAGAAGCCCACCUGGACCUGCCCCGUCUGCGACAAGAAGGCGCCCUACGAGACCCUCAUCAUCGACGGCUUGUUCAUGGAGAUCCUGAACUCGGUCACGGACUGCGACGAGAUCCAGUUCAUGGAGGACGGCUCCUGGUGCCCCAUGAAGCCCAAGAAGGAGAACCAGGAGCUCUGCCAGCCCUCCGCCUACAACGGGGUGGAAGCGUCCCUGUACGCCGUGGGUUUGGAGGGGAAGGCGCUGGGCGAGAGCAAGAAGAAAGUGGAGGUCAUCGACCUGACGCUGGACAGCUCCUCGGACGACGACGAGGAGGAGCCCCCCGCCAAGAAGCAGGGCCCCCUCACUACGGCCGCCGUCCCCUCUGCUCCGGGGACCAAGGGGGUCCUUAGUGGCGAAGCUCCACCCCCUUCCGUCCUGCGCAGCCCCCCGAUGACCAACGUGGGCGGCGACUUCCUGUCCAGCCUGCCCCUCCCGGACUACCACCCCUCCUACCAGGUGCCCUCCGACAUCCAAGGUUUGGAUUUGUUCCCAUUCCUUCAAAGCGAAAACCAGCCGCACUACAGCCCUUCAGUGAUCACUUCCCUGGACGACCAGGACAGCCUGAGCCACUUUUUCCAGUACCGUGGGGCCUCCCCGCACUUCAUGGGCCCGCUGGCCCCCGUAGUGGUCAGUUCCCACGCGGCUCCGGCCAACGGGCGCCUGACCAGCAUGGUCUCCUCCUCCUCCUCGCCCUCGGCCGCCCACCGGCCCCACAGCCCCCCCACCUUGACCGCCUGCCGGCCGGACAUCAUCUCCCUGGACUGAAUGGACAUCGGCGGGGUCAUCGGAUGCAUCGCCUCGCAGCUCGUUCCCCGUUCGGCUUUGGAGAUCUGUCUUAUCGCGUCAGAUUGGAACUUCGUCUUGGAUUCGUUCGAUUUCGUUCCGAAUUUUUUCUGCUCUGUGGAUUAAUUCGUCUUGGUUUUUUCUCGCGUGAUUUGUGGCGUAACAUCAAACAAAGACCUCAAAAAACCACAGAAAUACGGCUUUGCUCUUGGCUUUCCGGAUUAAUUCGAUUCGUCCAGGACGUGGAAGUUUUCCGUCUAUUUGAAUUUUUUCUCUCUGCUAACUGUGACCAAGACUCUGCAUUUUUCCCCCCGGCGUAACGUCCAGUGAAUUCCACCGAAUUUUUUUUUCGUUUUAAGAUUCAUUUGUUGCUUUUGGAGAAAUAUCAACUGAAUUACCCCC